UGAAAUAGCUUCCGGAAUUAAGCGUUAGAUUAAUGUUAAAGUCUGAGUAAAGGUUAGAAUGAGAGACAUCAUUAGGAUUAGUGCUAAGAUUAGGUUACCAUGUUGAUUUGUGCUAGUAUUGCUAUAUUUGGAUUAGAAUUAGUUUUAAAGAUAGCCCAAUGAUAGAAUUACAGUUGGUACUGAACAUAGGGGAGCAUAAGGGUAGGACAGGGUAGAGGAAAUUAUGGGACAACAUAAAAAUAUCAUCUAAGUCUGUAUACUCAGUCAAUAGCCUAUUUUUUGUGAACUAAAUGAUGUAAAAUAUGCUUAGAAUUUUUGUUUUAGUAUUUUACUUGUUUUCAGGAUUGAAUAUAGAGGUGGGAUUAGUAAUUAGGACUGGGCCUUGAGUUACAAAUGGUGGUUAGAUUGAGUUUAGAAUAGAAUCAGAGUUUGGAUAGGCAAUGAAAUUAGAGUUAGAUAAGAGAAUAGGACAUCAGGGUGGAGGGAAGGAAGCAUGGUUUUGGGAUCCUGGAGUAUCUGACAAUGGCUUAUUUAUGUAUUCCAGCCUGUACCUGCUUGGCACUGGUUGAGGCUCCUCUUCUUCACUAUGGUGGACACCAAUGGCAGUGAAUCUAGUGCCACAUAUUUCAUUCUAAUAGGCCUUCCAGGCUUGGAAAAAGCUCAGUUCUGGUUGGCCUUCCCGUUAUGCUCCCUCUACCUUAUUGCUGUGCUAGGUAACCUGACAGUCAUCUGCAUUGUGCGGACUGAGCACAGACUACAUGAACCCAUGUAUAUUUUUCUUUGCAUGCUUUCUGGCCUUGACAUACUUAUCUCUACUUCAUCUAUGCCCAGAAUGAUGGCCAUCUUCUGGUUCAAUUCCACUACCAUCCAGUUUGAUGCUUGUCUUCUACAGAUGUUUGCCAUCCACUCCUUAUCUGGCAUGGAGUCCACUGUACUGCUGGCCAUGGCCUUUGACCGCUAUGUGGCCAUUUGUCACCCACUACGCCAUGCCACUGUGCUAACAUUGCCUCGUGUUACCAAGAUUGGCGUGGCUGCUGUGGUACGGGGUACUUCACUUAUGGCACCCCUGCCUAUCUUCAUCAAACGGCUGCCUUUCUGCCGCUCCAACAUUCUUUCCCAUUCCUACUGCCUACAUCAAGAUGUCAUGAAGCUGGCUUGUGCUGACAUCCGUGUCAAUAUCAUCUAUGGCCUCAUUGUCAUCAUCUCUGCCAUUGGCCUGGACUCACUUCUCAUCUCCUUGUCAUAUCUGCUUAUCCUCAAGACUGUGUUGGGCUUGACACGUGAAGCCCAGGCAAAGGCAUUUGGCACUUGUGUCUCUCAUGUGUGUGCUGUUUUCAUAUUCUAUGUACCUUUCAUUGGGUUAUCUAUGGUGCACCGCUUUGGGAAGCGGCAUGACUCCCUCCUGCCCAUCAUUAUGGCCAACACCUACUUGCUUGUUCCUCCUGUGCUCAACCCUAUUGUUUAUGGAGUGAAGACAAAGGAGAUCCGGCAGCGUAUCCUUCGUCUUUUCCAUGUGACCACCCAUACUUCAGAUCCCUAGGUGUCAGUGAAAAUUUCUUUUCCUCUCAAAGUUUUUCAAUUCAGAUUUUAAUAUCAACAUUUUGGAAGACAUUAUUAGGAAAAAAAACCCUUCCCUAAUAGAAACACAACAGAUACCUUCAAACAGGAAAUUGGUUGGAGAAUCUCUGUAUGGAUAGGGGCAGCAGAACCAUACACUCCCAUUCCCUGUUUUUAAAUAUUAUUUUCACUUUAUAAUUCUCUUUAUAUAAUUAUUAAAACCCUGAGAUGGUUGUGGCUGGAGAGCUAUUUCUUCCCAUUUAAUCAUUUAGUCCAAAUCUCUGCUUGCAUUGAUAGUCCACAGCAUUUCUGAGAUGAGAGUUGUACAUCUAAGGGACAUUGAUCAAAAGUUAAGCAUGGCAAGAGUAAAAUAAACACAAAAGCACAAUAUAAUCAGGUAAUCUUGCUUGAAACUAUGAUUUUUUCUUCAGAAUCCCCAACUGUAUUGGAUCCCAGGAAAACAGAUAUACCGGGAUUUCUUUCUUCAAAAUGAUCUCCACAGAGAAUAAAUAAUUUCUUUUAUUCUGGGAACCAGCUCUCAAGAGGAGGAUUAGAGUAGAACCUGGAAAAUACUACAGUUACCUACCUUAAUGAAAGAUGACACACUCUGUUCUGAGCAUUUUUACAGAUCAUGGAUACUUUCCCUUCACUAUCUUAUCAGUGUUUUUAUCUGGGUAGGAAUAUGAUUAGAAUCAUCAUUAUACCAAUGGGAGAAUUGAUACUUAAUGGGGAUCAGUGAAUUAUAUGAAGUCACAAAAAUUGUCUUUUGAUAUCCAUAUUGUGGGGAGGGACUGUUAGAGAAACCUGUGAGGUAGUGAGUUAGACAUUUCAAAAGUCUUGCAUUUUUUUAGGGGAGGUAUUUAAUUUCCUUCCUCACUCAUUUAGUAUUGCAUAUAGGAAUUUCCUGUUAAUGUUGCUGAUGGCUUUAAUUCCAAUAGUUCCUGGUCCAUUUGCCACCAUACCUGGGUAGUAACAGCAGAAUGUGUUUGGGACAUUCCCAAACAGUGGCUAGUUUGGAAAAUAGUAUGAUUAGCAGUGGGGUCACUCAAAGGAUACCUGGAGAGACACUUUUUGGAGAAAUGCAGCUGAGAAGACCUAGAAGCUCAUGACAGAAAUGACAGGUCUCUCACAGACCAGGGGUCUAGAACAGGAAGCAUCAUGAGGCUGAGCAAGGCCAGUGGCCCAUGUGGCUAGCUGGGAAGCAAGGUUAAGGCAAGCAUGGCUCCAAAGAAACUAAAUAGAGCAUAUCAGUGGAUACGGCCUAUCCCCUAGGCUCUGAAUGGCCCUGUGGGUGAAGCCCACAACAUCAGUGCUUGGAGAACAAGGCUGUAGGAGAGGCCAUAAAGACUAGUAUUUAGCAUGAAUAUAGUCCUAGAGGUCUACUUAGGCACAACACUUCUAGAUGGAAGCAGAAUGGGAAGGAGAAGGUGUGGGCGCUACAGGAGUGCAGCAGGAAUAGACAGGGAAGAAAUGAGACCAUUACCCAUGGAACGCUUGUUAGACCUAAACAGAAGCAGGUAGUAUAGUAGAAAGCUUGGCACAGAACCCGCCAGAAUUUUCUGGCUAUAGCUAGCAGACUGCUUGUUAGAGAGGGUAUAGAGAGAGCACAUGUGAUUUCUUGGACUGGAAUCCAGAAGAUGAGAAUUGUGAGCAGUAUGGGAUCUGAUAUGCUCAGGUGAGUGGUGGCCAGCAGAACUAGGAGCAUGAACUAGAGUCAGUGCAGGCUUUGGUCAUUUCGGGCAGAGGAGUGGCCCCUUACCCAGUAAAGCCCUGACAUUGGGAUUGAGAGAAAGAGAAUUAAAGAGAGAGAAACAGAUUUUCUUUCUUAUUAGGAAAGCAGUAUAAUAAACUUUUGACAUUCCCCAAAUACAAAAGAAAAGUAUAAUAAACUCCAAUAAAGUUGUCACAUUGAAAGACAAACAUUGUUAGCAUUUUUGUGUUUAUUUCUCCAGAUUUUUAAUAGGUGUUUGUAUGCAUGCUUCUGUAUGGACAUAUGAUGAAUGUGUGUUACCAGUUUUGUAUUUGAAAGCCCGUUAGAUAUAGGGAUAAUCAACAGAUAAAUCGGACACAUUUAAAUUUUUUUUAAUUUAAAGAUACAGCCAUUAUCCUAGAUUUUAGAAGGGAUUCCAAGUCCGUGAUAGUAUGCUCAUGAUAAGUUUCAUGGCUUUAAUCUUAAGUGACUUAACCAUUUUGUGAGUAUAAACACACACCACCACCACCACCACCACCUUCCUUUAUCUAAUGUUUUAAUAAAUACUAAAUUAUUAAAUGCCAGAUAGAGACAAAGCUAUAGCAGGACUCUUUUAACUUCUAGGUCAGAUUUCUGGUCAUUUAUUUAAUGACUACUCACUGGGUCACCUGGAAGGGCCUGGAGUUAAGGACUAGAAUGAGAGGGAUAGGCUGCCUCUUUCAGGAGAUUUGGCUGGAAGUUAGGGUAUGUUCUGGCAAAGACCUUCAUCAUGUGCCUUUCACAUAGGUAUCCUUUACCUUCUCCAUUUCCUUUGUUUAGGCAUUGCUGCCUCUGACCCUACUGCCUCAGCCACUUGGACCUUUGUUCGGUCCUGGAGGAGUCUGAAUAAUACUAAAUCUCAGUCUAUAAGUCAGUCAUUUUUUUUAGGUUUAUUUAGAAAUGUUUCAUAAAUGUGGCUUGUGUUCUCCAUUCUGCUUACCAGUGUUCUGGUCCAGAUACUUACCUCUUGCUUAGAGGAUUGCCAUACUUUCACAUUUGUCUCCUUGCCUUAAACAUCUUGUGCACGAGUCCUAAAUCCCAUGUAGUUUGCAGGAAUUUUUCCAAACACAAUUCUGAUUAUCUUGCUCCCCUACUUAAAAUCCAUUGAGGAUCUUUUAUUGCCUCCCAUACAGAGUUACUUCUUAGAAUGACAGUAGGCCAUUCUUUUUUACUUUUAUAUAUGUUCCCAUCUUAUUUUUUCUGUGUAAAAUCUCUAAUUUUUCCACGUAGUGUGUUUUUCAGCUACUUUAUAAUACUUGCUAUCUCUCAAUGAUUUCAUGCACUUUUAAAUCCUCUAUUUCACUCUGUUUCCUUUGAAUUGCCUUUUGCCAUUUUUUCUUUUUAGCAACACUUGAUAAAAUGAAACUCUUUUAUCAUUUGUCAGGCCAAAAGAGGCAUUUUCUCUUUAGUGUCCCUAGACCUCUUGGUUCAUACUUUAGAACUGGACCAUUUACAGUUCAGAAAAGUUUGAGUGAGCUGCUGAGUCAUAUACGCUCAAGUUAAUAAAAUAUACUAUAUUAUUACUUUAAUUAAAUUGAAAUAAGACUCCUUUGGAUGCAAUGAGCAUACAUGUGGAGAGUCUGUCUUUAAGAUAGACAGAUCUGAAUUUGGGAAAGUGCCGUAUUAUACCAUUGGUUUAGGAUUUCAGAGUUGAUGUUUGUUGUUUAUCUCUUAAGGUACAGUAGUCCCACUUCCUAUCCACAGGAGAUACAUUCUAGGACCCUCAGUGGAUGCCUGAAACUGCAGAUGAUAUAUACUAUAUGUACUAUACGAUGCUUUUUUCUAUAUAUACAUACCUAUGAUAUUGUUUGAUUUAUAAGUUAGGCACAAUAUGAAAUUAACAACAUAAUUAAUAAUAAAAUAGAACAAUUAUACUGUAAUAAAAGUUAUAUGAAUGUAGUGUCUCUUUUUCAAAAUAUUUUAUUGUACUGUA